AUGUCUGUUUGUUACUUUUUGGGAGAUGAUUUCAUUUAUGGAGUGAGGUACAACAGUGAUAUCACCACUGAUAUUCGUUUUUCGGUCGGACCUCGUUACUACUCAGGUUGUACCGUCAGUUUUGUUGGCGAUGCGGUUAGCUUAGUUUCUCCCCACAGAUCACCAUCCACAUUACGCAAGAGCGUAUUAAGCGGAUCGAUGUUCCUGUUAGAAAACGAUGGAAAAUCGAGUAUGUUUGCGCGACUCCGUGAUACGCUCUUUUAUGAUGUUGUAGCUGAGGGAAAUGGAAAGUUUGUAUAUAAGGCAAAAGAUACGAAGUUCACUCCAGAGCAAGUAUUCAGGGUGAUUAUUGGAGAAAUAUCGAAAGCAAUCACUGGAAACAUCAGACUCUACAAUGCCUUCUUUAUCAUUCCCGAUUACUACGACCAGGGGAAACGAUGUGCUGUUUCUGAGUGUUUGACGUCUUCAUUCCGCAACUCCAAAAUCCACUUGGUAAACUACUCCACAGCAGUCGGCAUGCGUCUCUACGAAGAUACAAAAUAUGAUUUCUACUGCCUGAACAUCCGCUUUGACUCGGGUCCGUUCGGGGUCUCGAUUCUAAAAGUGACUGGAGACGGUGCAGUUCCAUUAGCCUCUCUCUCGAACGACAACGUGACAGGAAGCGAUCUAAUCACCGAAAUUCAAAACAUUUUGGAGCGCGAUGCUCUGAAAAUGAAGCUAAAGACGGAGUACCAGGCGGAGCCCACUCCCGAGAAGCAGGCUUAUGGCCGCGCUGCCUAUUGGCGUUUGCUGCGAAACUUCGCGUACGACACCAACAUCGAAGUGGAUCUGGACCUGGACGACAAGGUCUCGAUCAAUCCAGACUCCCAAACGAUCGUCGAGGCGUUCAACCAGCUGGCCGGGGAGAUGAAACUGACGAUCGCGAACUGCUGCAUUUUGGCGGGCGUGGAGCUGGCGAAGAUUUCGGAGGCGGUGGUCACGGGGCCGUUCAACGAUUCGAUCUCGUUCGAGCCGUUGCUGAAGGAGAUGGGCUACACGGAGCGCAUCGCGGUGAUGCGAGAGAGCGAUCUGUGCAAGAAGGUGGUGAUGCGCGGACGAUGCAUUCAGGUGUUGCAGAGCACGUUCAGUGUGAGUCUGAACAAGAAGUCGAUGCUGAUAAUGGAUCGGUUUACGCCGUAUCCCGUGAAAAAACGAAGUCAGCUGAUCGUGGAUGUGGAGAAGCCCGAGAUGGCGUACACGCUGCUGGUGUACCAGAAUCGGAUCGGAGAUCGGAAUAACAGGCUGAUUCGGACCUGCACGCUGAAUAACGUCGCGGUGUAUCAGGGGAAGAUUUCAUUGAGCAUCUUGCUGGAGGUGGAUGAUAGCGGGAUUGCGACUCUGACGGUGGUGGAGAUGAGUGAGAAUGUAACGCUGGUGAAUGCAUUACGUUUGUAAGAUGCGU